ACUUAUACCUACCUCUAUAAAUUAAGAAAAAUUAUGAUACAAUUCUAUAAAGCAUGAUCAGCAUUUGAGUCUUUUUUAACAAUUUCUACAUUCACAACCUCAUAGACCAAACUAGCAAAUCAUUAUGAGACAGCAUGGAUUCAAUAAGUUGGAUAUAAUCUUACUUGUAAUGAUUAUUAUCUCAUGUUUUUUUAACUUUUCAUGUUCAAAGAAUCAGAAUGUUCUUGACAGAGGAUCUUCUCUUUCAGCUGAAGAUGCUGACUCAAACAGCCUCAUUUCUCCAGAUGGUUCAUUCAGCUGUGGCUUCUAUGAAGUUGGAACUAAUGCAUACUGGUUUGCAAUUUGGUUCACUGAUUCUAAAGAGAGAACCAUUGUUUGGAUGGCGAAUCGCGACAAACCUGUCAAUGCAAAAGGCUCAGAGCUGGCCUUAAAGAAGAAUGGUGUUCUGGUUUUGAAAGAUGUCGAUGGCACGGUUGUGUGGGAGACUAAUUCGACUUCAACUGGUGCCAGAAAAGCCGAGCUUCUUAAUACAGGUAAUCUUGUAUUGAAAGAUCAUAAAGAUGACAUUAUUUGGCAGAGUUUUGAUUUUCCAACUGAUACAUUGUUGCCUUUUCAAGCCUUAAGAAAGGGAAAAAAGUUGGUAUCUUCAUUGAAAAAAGGAGGAUUUGCCACAGGGUAUUAUAAUUUUUAUUUUGAUAAUGAUGAUAAUGUGUUGAGGUUAGUGUAUGAUGGACCUGAGAUUACAAGUUUGUAUUGGCCUAAUAUUGCUCUGGGUAUAUACCAAAAUGGAAGAACAAAUUAUAAUAGCAGCAGAAUAGCUGUGUUAGACAAUCUGGGCCGGUUUUUGUCAAGUGAUCAAUUCCAGUUUAGUGCUUCUGAUGCUGGAAAUGGUAUAAAAAGGAGGCUAACAAUGGAUUAUGAUGGAAAUCUUAGGCUUUAUAGCUUGAACAAUUUAACGAAAGUUUGGAACGUAUCAUGGCAAGCUAUGCCACAGAUGUGUAAUGUGCAUGGACUCUGUGGAAAGAUUGGGAUAUGUACUUAUACUCCGAAUCCUGAAUGUUCAUGUCCUCCUGGAUACGAACGGAGUGACCAAAGUGAUUGGAAUAGUGGCUGCAAACCAAAGUUCAACAUUUCUUCUUGUUUAAAGCCAGAUGAGGUAAAGUUUCUGGAGAUUCCCCACACGGAUUACUAUGGAUUUGAUCUUAAUAAUAGCAAUCCUAUCACUUUUGAAGCUUGUAGAGACAUCUGCCUCGGGGAUUGCCUGUGUCAAGCGUUCAGCUAUAGGCUAACAGGUGAAGGGUUUUGCUUCACAAAAGGGGUCCUUUUUAAUGGCGUUCAAACAACGAGUUUUCCAGGCAGUAUAUAUCUGAAACUGCCUGCUAGUUUGCAAGUAUCAGGCUCAGCAUUACUCUCAGAUUCUAGCAGUAAAUGUGAACCUUCUGAUGUUAAUGUUCGGGUGGGAUCAACUUUAAUGUAUGAUAUGGAUUUCAAAAAGGUCAGGUGGGCUUAUCUUUACUCAUUUUCUGCUGCUAUUGGAGCCAUUGAGUUCUUGAUUUUUGUAUCAGGUUGGUGGUUUUUGUUUAGAAAAAAUGGUACAUCGUCUAAUCUUGAAGAUGGGUAUCUGCUGAUAUCAAGUCAAUUCAGGGGAUUUACAUUUUCUGAGCUGAAGAAGGCCACAAACAAUUUUAAGGUGGAAUUAGGCCGCGGAGGAUCAGGGGCAGUGUACAAGGGCCACUUAACAGAUGAAAGAGUUGUGGCCGUGAAAAGAUUGGGCGUUAUUUUUCAAGGAGAUGAAGAAUUUUUGGCAGAGUUGAGCACCAUAGGGAAGAUUAACCACAUGAACUUGGUGAGAAUGUGGGGGUUUUGUGCAGAAGGGAAACACAGACUCCUAGUUUAUGAGUAUAUCGAGAACUUGUCUCUCAAUAAUCAUCUUUUUACAUCAAGUGUUCUUGGGUGGAAAGAAAGGUUCAAGGUUGCAUUAGGGACAGCAAAAGGAUUGGCUUAUCUUCAUGAUGAGUGUCUAGAAUGGGUUAUUCAUUGUGACGUAAAACCAGAGAAUAUACUACUAGAUAGUGAAUUCGAGCCAAAGAUUGCAGAUUUUGGACUUGCAAAGCUGUCCCAGAGAGGUAUGCCAAAUUCAGAAUUUUCCAGAAUUCGCGGUACAAAAGGCUACAUGGCUCCUGAGUGGGCUUUGAACCUUCCCAUUACAGCCAAAGUCGAUGUAUACAGUUAUGGCGUUGUGGUUUUAGAGAUUGUGAAGGGGAUAAGGCUUUCAAAUUGGGUAGUGGAUGAUGAUAUUCAAGAACCUGAAGCUGAACUUGCAAGGUUUGUAAGAUUAGUGAAAAGAAAAAUUCUGUGUGGAGACGCAUCUUGGCUGGAGGAAACAGUUGAUCCAAGACUCCAAGGCUCAUACAGCAAAGAUCAGGCUAAAAAAUUGGUUGAGAUUGGUCUCUCGUGUGUGGAGGAAGACAGAUACCGGAGGCCAAGCAUGGCAACAGUAGUUCAAGCUCUCCUAGAUUGUGAAGAUAGUAGUAGAACAGAGAAAACAUGAAGUCCUUUAAACUUAUGCAAAAGGUCUCUUACAUAUCAUGUUACAUUUUACUAUAUCAUGUUACAUUUUUACGCCUGUGUGUGCAUAUGAUCCGAGGCUAAGAACUUAUAAUUGUUCAUCAGCGUCGUAUCAAGCACCACUGGCUGCUGCAACUCUUAUUUUACAUGCUUAACAAAAGAAAUUACGACGACAGAUAAAACAACUCAGCAAGAAUCCUUAUCUCUGCAAUAUUCAAUUCUCUUCACGCGGUAUUGAGGCAUAGCCAUUCCCCAAUGAAAAGCUUGUCGCAAUCAAGAUUAGGAUUGAAACCCAUAAAUUCAUCGAUUGUCAAGCUAAACUCCUGAGCUACACUGAAGCAAGUCUCCCCAUCUUUGUGAUCGAUAAAACUAGUACACGACAGUGCUUUAUCCGUUUUCCCUGAUCCUUCUGCACUCCCUGAACACGCAAAAACAUAAGAU